AUGGCGGAUGGUAAGAUGUACAAAGUGGGGUUGGUCGAAUAUACCGAUGAUUGGUCUUCAUUUCAUUCGGCUCCGUUCGAUAAAGCCGAAAAGGAAUCAGAUGAGGACGUGAAUGAUGUUGGGGAGGAGGAUUAUGAAGCUGGUGUUUCGGAAACUUGGAUGAUGGAAGACAAUAAUGACGAUGAAGAAGGAGAAAUCAGAUUGGAAUCCUCACCUAAGAAAGCCUCGCUGUCAGACCGGACACAUGGUGAUAAUAACAAGUCCGACGAUGAGAAUAGAUGUUGCCAACCAACGACAACAUCCCCGAUGUGUACGAAAAUCCAGAAUGAAGUUAAUGCAGGAACUAGGUUAAUAAUUAAUACGGUCGAAGAUCUUUGUUAA